AUGGACAAGGACAACCGCGACGACUUCACCUUCGCCAAACUUAGCGAUCUCAAAGUCCCAGUCACAUUCCGCAUAUCUCAGCUAGAGGGAACGCGGAAGCCUCACACAUUCACUGAAGUCUUGGAGAAGCCUGAACUGCGCUUCUAUGGUGUUCAACAAUCCCCCAAUUUCUCGGACCUUUAUGUGACCUGUCAGCUAGUGGCGGACAACAAGCCACUUACUAUACCUAUUCGAACAGCCUUCAAGUCCUUCAAGAAAGAUUAUACAUGGAACGAAUGGAUCACGUUGCCAAUCCGCUACUGCGAUCUUCCGCUCAGUUCUCAAAUUACUUUCACCGUGUGGGACAUCGCAGGACCGAGAGAAGCGGUACCUGUUGGAGGUUCUACUUUCCGUCUCUUCGGCAAGAAGUGGAGUCUUCGAAGAGGCAAACAUAGGUUGUUCCUAUGGCCUGAUCGCGAAGCCGAUGGAUCUAUCGAGAGUACCACCCCAAGUAAAGUUGGUAGUAGAGAUGAGAUGGGGAGAUUGGAGAAGCUCGUGAAGAAAUACGAACGAGGCGACCUCCCAAAGUCUGAUUGGCUGGACGCUAUGGCAUUCCGCAAGAUGGCAGAGAUCCAUGCUGCGGAAACCGAGAAGUCAGAGAAUCUGUUUCUCUACAUCGAUUUGCCUCGCUUCGACUUUCCAGUCGUAUUCUCUGAACCAGAUGCGUCAAACGUUGCAUCAACUUCUGCUGCUGUACCUCCUGCUUCCACUCCCGUUCCGUCGACACCGUCCGCGUUUGCCGCAGACACCCAGCUGUGGACGGUCAUUGACCCAGACAUCGCCCGUGAGAAUCCUGUGGAGGACAAGCAUCGUCGUCUUGUUCGCAGUCACAGAAGCAGCCCUUACGAUAGGGAGUUGAAGCCCAAUGCGAAGAUCAGAGAUGACAUCGCUGAAAUUCUGAACUAUGCACCAAGUCAACCUCUGACCGGAGAAGAGAAGGACUUGAUUUGGAAAUUCCGGUUCUACCUCACCCGCGAUAGACGCGGUCUGACAAAGUUCCUCAAGUCCGUGACAUGGCGCGAUCCGUCAGAGGUUAAACAAGCUGUUGAGGAGCUAUUGCCACAGUGGACCGAGAUAGACAUCGACGACGCGCUCGAGCUUCUCGGUCCAAAUACUGUAGAUUCCCGUGUUAGAGCGUUUGCGGUCAAGCAGCUCACUAGAGCCGACGACGAUGAAUUGCUCUUGUAUCUGCUGCAGCUGGUGCAGGCGCUCAAGUUCGAGAGCCUCGCGAGCGAUCAGCGAUCAAUUCGCUCAACGACAAGCGCCAUCUCUUACGACGAUAGCGGUCUAGCCGACUUCCUCAUCGCACGGGCUGUGCGGAACCCGAUACUGGGCAAUCGCUUCUACUGGUAUCUCAUGGUCGAGGUGGCCCUCGAUGACCGUGUGGUUGCCAAGAUGUAUGGCAGAGUGGUCUUCAAGUUUAUGGAGGCCCUUCAGUCGGCAGGGGUUGCUGAGCGUCGGGACAUCAUGCGUAGGCAGGGCGAGCUAAUCGCUACGCUCGCCAAACGUGCAAAGGACCUUCGCACCUCCAAGGACCCGCGCCCGAAGAAGAUCGAGAAGCUCCGCACGUUCCUCGCAGAGUCCAAGAACAACCUCGCCUCCAUGCCACCGUUACCGCUCCCGCUCAACGCACGCAUCGAAGUAAACGGGAUAAUCGCAGACAAGUCGAGCGUCUUCAAGUCGAACAUGUUCCCCAUGCUGCUGUACUUUCAGUGCACCGACGGCUCGGAGUACCCUGUGAUCUUCAAGGAUGGAGACGACAUGCGCCAGGAUCAGCUUGUGAUACAGCUAUUCACGCUCAUGGAUCGGCUGCUGCGGAAGGAGAAUUUGGACUUGAAGCUGAGUCCAUACGAUGUGCUGGCAACGGGCCCGUCACAGGGCAUGGUGCAGUUCAUCCCGAGCAAAACUAUCGCUGCUAUUGUAAGUGAACACGGAACACUGCUUAAUUACCUGCGAGCGCACAGUCCGGACGAGGGCAGUGUGGGGACGUAUGGGGUUGAGCCCGGUGUCAUCGAUACGUUCGUCAGAAGCUGCGCUGGUUAUUGCGUUAUGACCUACCUGUUGGGUGUCGGAGAUCGACAUCUGGACAAUCUACUUCUGGCUCCUGACGGUCACUUCUUCCAUGUUGACUUCGGUUACAUCCUUGGCCGUGACCCCAAGCCUCUCGCGCCCCCAGUCAAGGUGUGCAAAGAGAUGGUAGAGGCAAUGGGCGGUGUACAAUCAGUGCACUACACGCGCUUCAAGAACUUCUGCUUCACGGCGUUCACGAUCCUCCGCAAGAGCGCGAACCUCAUCCUGAACCUGGUAACGCUAAUGGUAGACGCAAACAUCCCGCACAUCAAGCAGCGCGAUGUGCACGAGCAGCUGCUGGGCAAGUUCUGUCUGGAUCUGACUGAGGAGCUGGCGAUCGAGCACUUUGAGAAGCUGCUGAAUGACAUCUCGCCGUUCACUGCGGUGCUGGACCGGAUGCAUGACUGGGCGCAGUAUUGGAGGAGCUGA